AUGUUAAAUGCAUCUUUUGCUGCUGUGUCUGCAGAGGAGACAAAGAAGUCCACAUCUUUGGGGGGCCCCCAAGCGCGGCAAGUAUUUCUUCAGCAGCAGCAGCGCCUGCAGCAAGUGCAGCAGCAGCAGUCGCAACACCAGGAACUGCAGCAGCAGCAGCAGGAAAAGCACCAGCAGCUGCUGCAGCUGCCGCCCCUUCUACGCUCUUCAGGCGCUGCAAUGAACGCCGGCUGCGAGGAAAAUGAGCAGCUAAAGCAGCAGCUGCAGCACGAGGGGCAGCAGCAACUGCAACACGAAGAGCAGCAGCAACUGCAGCAAGCACUGCAGCAGCACGCCCAGCAGCAGCAGACGCAACCGCUGCAAGAUGUGAGCGUCGAGCCGCAGCCGCAGGAGGAGCAGCAGCAGAAGGCUCAAGAGCUGCAGCCAGCUCUGCAGCAGCAGCUGCAGCAAAAUGCGCUGCAGCAGCAACAAUGGCAGCAGCAGCAGCACCUGCCUACGCAUCAGCAAGUGCAGAAGCUGCAUCAGCAGCUGCCUCUGCUCCCACAGCCUAUGCAGCAGCAGCAGCAGGACAGUUUCCACCAACAGCAAGUCCUGGCAUCUCUGGCUCAGUUGCAGCAGCAGCAGCUGCAGCAAGCUGAGCCGCCUCUAAUAGAGCAGCAGCAGCAAAGCCUGUACCAGCAGCAGCAGCAGCGCCCCCUCCAGCAGCAGCAACAGCGAAGUCAGACUCGCCCUAUGUGGCAGCAGAGUACGCAGCCUCAGACUCUGGUGCAGCAGGAGCUGCUGCAGCAUCAGCAGCAGCAAUCUCUCCAGAAUGCGCAGCUUCAGCUGCUGCAGCAGCAAGCGCUGCAGCAGCAAAACCAGCUGCAGCAGGGGCACCAGCCUCAGCAGCAGCAGAUGCUGCAGCAGUUUGCUCAGAAGCUGCCCGGCCCAGCACCUCAAGCGGCACAUGAGCAUCUACAGCAACAACAGCUUCAGCAGCAAGAGCAGCAAAUGCAGCAGCAGCAGCAACAAAAGCAGCAGCAGCAACCGCAACGGUUUGAGGUGCCACAACGACUGCUGCAGAUGCGGAGAAGCUUCCUUUCCCUGCAGCAGCAGCAGCAGCAAAGGGACGAAGAGCAGCGAGGAGAACAAGAGCAAGGGCGACUACUACAGCAGCAGCAACAACAGCAGCAGCAGCAGCAACAACAGCAGCAGCGAGAACAGCGGCAACAGCAGCAACAGCAGCAGCAACCAGCUGCCACUAUUCAUCAAGUGCCGCAUGAGGGACCUAUUCUUUCAAGCCAGAGCUCUCUGUCGUGGUCAGAGCUGCUGAAGCAGCAGCGGCAGCAGCAGCAGCAGCAGCAACUGCAGCAAGGGCACAUUCAUUUGCGGCAGCAACAGCAGCAUCCCGCGCUGCAGCAGCUGCAGCAAGGGCAGCAGCUUCGUUGGCAUCAGCAACAGCAGGAUCCCCAGCUGCUGCAGCAGCAGCAAGAAAGACAGCAAAAUAUGGCGGGCAGUUUGAAGAGCCAGCAAGUGCAGCAGCAGCAGCAGCAGCAGCUCCACCAGGUACCCCAGCGACUGCAGCAGGGCGACACACUGCAGCUGCAGCAGCAGCUGCAGCAGCAGCUGCAGCAGCAGCUCCAGCAAAAGGCAGAAUUCCCUUCAGCCUCUUGUUCCUUUUGUGCUUUGCUGCUGCAAACUUAUGGCGAAGCUGUGCGGCAGUACAAACGCGAAAUUCUGAAACUUGAAAAGCAGCUUUAUGAGUGGGUACUUAAAGAAAGAACACUGGUGGCGACUCACCAAGGGGAAAAUUUGAGGCUGAAGCAGCUGCUGCAGCGCGUAGAGGAUGUGGCACACAAACUGCAGGACUGCGAUGAGAAGCAGAAGCUUCUGCUGCUGCUUUCGCAGUGCCGCGCCUCCCCACCAGGCCAGUCGCUCGCUUUUGUGCUGCAGCAGCAGCAGCAGCAGCACGCGUCAGAGCAGCAGCAACUGCAGUAG